GACACUGGGAACCUUUUUUUUUUGUCAAUAGGAGAGUCUGUCAUUUGCUAGUGGGCAGCAGCUUGACUGGAGACAUUUGAUCUAGAUUUGGUUAUGAAAUUCACUUGCAAAUCCAGGUUUUCCAGGACAAAGAGUGAGUGUAUGUAGCUCUCAUCCUUCCCUCAGCUAUGAGGAGCCAUCUUCUUAGGGAGUUGUGACUUGGAGAAAUAUAAAUGGGUCACUAUAAAUUAUGUCAAUGAAAAGUGACAAACCUAAAAGGUCUACCUGGUUCUUGAGAGCUUUUGAUAUGAAUUGUUUUUAAAAUUGUGUCUUUAAAGGCUGGCUGCCAUGGCUCACGCCUGUAAUCCCAGCACCCUGGGAGGCCAAGGCGGGCGGACCACCUGAGGUCGGGAGUUUGAGACCAGCCUGACCAACAUGGAGAAACCCUGUUUCUACUAAAAAAGAAAAAUACAAAAUUAGCUGGGUGUGAUGGUGCAUGCCUGUAAUCCCAGCUACUCGGGAAGCUGAGGCAGGAGAAUCGCUUGAACCCAGGAGUUGGAGGUUGUGGUGUGCUGAGAUCACACCAUUGCACUCCAGCCUGGGCAACAAGGUCAAAACACCGUCUCAAAGAAAAAACUAACUAAAUAAAAAUAAAUAAAUAAAUAAAAUUGUGUCUUUAACCACAAAAUCAGAACCUUAGAAAAAAAAUGCUUCAUCAAGUUGAUAUACUUUUUCCCCCCAAAUUUAAAAUAUUGGCUCACAGGAAAGUGUUGCAAUGAGAACCGAUGGCGAGGUCACACUAGAAAGAGAUCACCCCCAGGAGGAACGGAAAAGCUCGAUAGCUGAUCAGAAAACGGUCACUUACUCUUUUCUUUUUUUUUAAACCACACAUACACAAGCCUUCCAAUAAGUCUAGGCCUCAGAGUUUGAUGACUCACUACCACCUCCAGAAAAAUUUAAAAAUUUAACCAUCACUACUUAAAACUCUAGCAAAGCCACACGAACACAUUAAGUAAACCGAGGAAAGAACGGCAAGUGGGCCACACAAGGCUCUCCCUGCGGGGAUAAGGCUGUUAAUUUGUCGACAUAACGGGAUUCUUUUAGAAGUAAAAGGCAUAAAUCUGCCUAACCACCACCACCUUUUUUGUUUGUUUUUGUUUUUUUGUUUUGCCAAGCUUAAUCAAGAAAGAGGGAAGGGAGUUGUGUCCCUUCACUUCGUAGGAUCGGAUCCUGUCCACCCAGUUUCCGAAUGCUCUCAACAGUUACCCAACCGCCUGUUUCAAGGGCUUCCCUGUUGCUCAGAAUGCCACCUGGACACUUCUGGAAGGAGACUAUCAGGGAGAUAGGCUUCCCCUCCUCCCAGGCUGUGUACAGGUCCCCACUCAAUCCAGCCCAGGGUAGAGUCCAAACGGGGAGGGAGCAGACAGGGUCAAAGGGACCCCAAGAGUCCAGCACAUCUGGGAAAGAGAAAAGGAAAAAGUGCUGUGGCUUCCUGUAGCUGGGGCGCACGCCAGCGCGCCCCCUUUCCUCUAGGAGGACCCCCGGUCGCCAUUCGUCCCCGAGCUCCCAGCCCGCCUCCGGGAGCCCCAGUAAGAGGAAAAACGUGCGGGAACCCCCCAGCAGCUCCAAACGCCGAGGCGCUCCCCGCGAGCCUCAGACCCGACCCAACGCCAGGACUCGCGCCGUCGGCCCGGGAGAAAACCCCCACAGCCCGCACCCCGGGCUGGCUGGAGGGUGGGGGCGGCUGGCCAGGUUUUGUACCAGCUGAAUCCUGGGGCCUUGGGGGUGAACCUGGUGGUGGAGGAAAUGGAAACCAAAGUCAAGCAUGUGAUAAAGCAGGUGGAAUGCAUGGAUGACCAUUACGCCAGUCAGGCCCUGGAGGAGUGGAUGCAGAAUGUGCUGGGCCAGGUGCUGGACGCGCUGGAAUACCUGCACCAUUUGGACAUCAUCCACAGGAAUCUCAAACCCUCCAACAUCAUCCUCAUCAGCAGUGACCACUGCAAACUGCAGGACCUGAGCUCCAACGUGCUAAUGACAGACAAAGCCAAAUGGAAUAUUCGUGCGGAGGAAGACCCUUUUCGUAAGUCCUGGAUGGCCCCUGAAGCCCUCAACUUCUCCUUCAGCCAUAAAUCAGACAUCUGGUCCCUGGGCUGCAUCAUUCUGGACAUGACCAGCUGCUCCUUCAUGGAUGGCACAGAAGCCAUGCAUCUGCGGAAGUCCCUCCGCCAGAGCCCAGGCAGCCUGAAGGCCGUCCUGAAGACAAUGGAGGAGAAGCAGAUCCCGGAUGUGGAAACCUUCGGGAAUCUUCUGCCCUUGAUGCUCCAGAUCGACCCCUCAGAUCGAAUAACGAUAAAGGACGUGGUGCACAUCACCUUCGUGAGCGGCUCCUUCAAGUCCUCGUGCGUCUCUCUGACACUGCACCGGCAGAUGGUGCCUGCGUCCAUCACCGACAUGCUAUUAGAAGGCAACGUGGCCAGCAUUUUAGAGGUCAUGCAGAAAUUCUCUGGCUGGCCCGAAGUCCAGCUCAGGGCCAUGAAGAGGCUUCUGAAAAUGCCUGCAGAUCAGCUAGGUCUGCCGUGGCCCCCGGAGCUGGUGGAGGUGGUGGUCACGACCAUGCAGCUCCAUGACAGGGUCCUCGAUGUCCAGCUGUGUGCCUGCUCCCUGCUGCUGCACCUCCUGGGCCAAGCGCUGGUGUACCACCCGGAAGCCAAGGCUCCCUGCAACCAAGCCAUCACCUCCACCCUGCUGAGUGCUCUUCGGAGCCACCCCGAGGAGGAGCCACUUCUUGUCAUGGUCUACAGCCUGCUAGCCAUCACCACAACCCAGGAGUCAGAGUCACUGUCAGACGAGCUGCAGAAGGCUGGGCUGCUGGAACACAUCCUGGAGCACCUCAACAGCUCCCUUGAAAGCAGGGACGUCUGCGCCAGUGGCCUGGGCCUGCUCUGGGCCCUCCUGCUGGACGGUAUCAUUGUGAACAAGGCCCCCUUGGAGAAGGUCCCGGACCUCAUCAGCCAGGUGUUGGCCACCUACCCUGCGGAUGGGGAAAUGGCAGAAGCCAGCUGUGGAGUCUUCUGGCUGCUGUCCCUGCUGGGCUGCAUCAAGGAGCAGCAGUUUGAACAAGUGGUGGCGCUGCUCCUGCAAAGCAUCCGGCUGUGCCAGGACAGAGCCCUGCUGGUGAACAAUGCCUACCGGGGACUGGCCGGCCUGGUGAAGGUGUCAGAGCUGGCGGCCUUCAAGGUGGUGGUGCAGGAGGAGGGCGGCAGUGGCCUCAGCCUCAUCAAGGAGACCUACCAGCUCCACAGGGACAACCCGGAGGUGGUGGAGAACGUGGGCAUGCUGCUGGUCCACCUGGCUUCCUAUGAGGAGAUCCUGCCGGAGCUGGUGUCCAGUGGUAUGAAGGCCCUGGUCCAGGAGAUCAAGGAGCGCUUCACCUCCAGCCUGGAACUGGUUUCUUACGCGAAAAAAGUGCUCUUGAGGCUGGAGGCAGCCACCUCUCCCAGCCCCCCGUGUGGGGAAGCAGCUCAGCCCUGAUGCUGGGGAGAAGACAGACACCCCACAGGCCCCUUCUCCACGUGUGCCCUCUCCCUGCCCUUCCUUUCCAUGGGCCACUGUUUCCCUUGGGGCGGGGGAAAGGGUCAUCCAGCACCAGAAUGCACACCUCACACUCCUCUUAGGUGACUAAUAAAGAGGCCCAAGGCCAGUUUCUGCCUUAAUCAUUUCUGGCAAGAGGCUGUGACUGGCCAGUGCGACACUUAAUUCUACAGUCUCUACAGACCU